GAUAAAUCAAGACAUCGGCCACCUUCCAUCAACCAUUUGCUAGACUCAGGUUAACAGCAAAGCUAAGCAUACUGCGACACCAAAAUGAGAGGUCGACAGUAUAUCAGUGUUCCGAAGCGCGCAAGUACCAUUUGACCCCGACAGGUUUGACUCACCUGGUUCGUGUUUUGCCGUCACCAUGAACAGGCAGGACUUCCUCGGCCUUUCCACUCAGGAGCCUCAUCGCGUUGUCUCGUUUCCUGCGUCGCAGUCCCUGCACGUGUCUAGCGCGUCAGUCAAUGGCGCUAUAUCGACGGGGAUUCCUCAAUUAGAUGAAGCGAUCCGUCCGCCUUCCCCGGAAGAUGUACUGGGACGUACCCGUUGUGCAGGCACCAAUGGAAUACCCUGUGGACAUGUCACUGAGGUAUUCGGGCCACCUGGUGCCGGGAAGACGUCACUGGCUCUGAGCAUUGCCACGUCAGCUCUCCGGAACGAAGACAAAGUGAUAUGGAUCGAUACGGGAUCUCCGCUCCCCAAAGUGCGCCUAGCAAGCAUGCUAAAGCAAUCCCUGGAUGCCACAUCUUCUGACACACCAGAAGACCCCAUCAAGAAUUUGAUCUACUUCCAUGCAAAGUCGCUACCACAUCUACUAGCUCUUCUUGUCCGUCCGCCCAAUGGCUUCCCCCCACGAGAUGCCAAACUUCUCGUCAUCGACUCCAUAUCAGCCCUGUUCCCAUCAUAUUUCCCCAAUCCAUCUGAGUUCAAAUCUCGUCUUCCCCAGUCAGGAGUGACCGACAAAACACAAAUCCAAUGGCUCAUGAACCGCAAAUGGAACGUCACAAGCGACCUGGGCAAUCAACUCGUAAAACUAGCAGCUAUACAUUCCUUAGCAGUACUUCUAGUCAACCAGACACACACCCGGAUCAAGGGCCAGCCGCGCGCAACAUUAUGCCCGGUUCUCGCGGGUGGAACGUGGGAGAAUAGUGUCUAUACGAGGAUCGUUAUCUUUCGGGACUUUCUUCCCGAGGAUGACGGGGAUUCCAAAGGGGUUCGAUUCGCGGAGGUUAUGAAAAGAGCAGGAAAGGCUCUAACUUUGAGAUUGGAUGAGAAUAUUGUCCCGUUCAAGAUUGAAACGGAUGGUUUACGUGGGAUACAUAAGUCCUCAUCUCCUAUAAUCUUGCCUCAAGAGUCAGCUGAAACGACUCUAUCGGCUAGUCAGCGGAAGCGCAAAGUCGAUGAAAUCGCAGAUAGCCAAGACGAAGAUUCCGAUGGAGAAUUCGGAUGGGUGGAGAGUGAUGAUGCUGGAUUGAGUGACGGGGAGUAACACAUUACAUAUUUUGCUUGGAUUGAUAAUAAAGCUCUGUGUAUAUAGGUCCGCGUCUUGGGCGGUUGAGAUCCUGUCCCUAUAA